AUGAGGAACUACACACUACUAAAUGAAUUCAUCCUACUGGGAAUACCUCAAACACAAGGACUGGAGACUCUGCUCUUUGUUGUGUUCUUAUUCAUCUACUUCUUCACAUUGCUUGGAAAUUUGCUCAUCUUUACAGCAAUAGUUUCUUCAUCUACCCUUCACACCCCUAUGUAUUUCUUCUUAGGACUUCUAUCCAUUUUUGACAUGUUAUUCCCAUCAGUAACCUGUCCCAAGAUGCUCCUUUAUCUCUCUGGUCAGAGCCCAGCCAUCUCUUACAAGGGCUGUGCUGCACAGCUCUUCUUCUAUCACCUUCUUGGUUCUACUGAGGGAUGCCUCUAUUCUGUGAUGGCUUAUGAUCGCUAUGUUGCCAUCUGUCACCCACUGAGAUACAUGCUCAUCAUGAAACCUGGAGUGUGCCUGAGUUUAGUAACAAUAGCUUGUUUAGUGGGGUGUCUUCAUGCCACCAUCCUGACCUCUUUUACCUUUCAAUUAGUCUAUUGUGCAUUCAAUCAAGUGGACUAUUUCUUCUGUGAUCUUCCUGCAGUUUUACCUCUAGCUUGCACUGAUAGUAAACUGGCUCAGAAGGUGGGUUCCAUUAAUGUUGGCUUUCUGGCUCUGAUGCUUCUCUUCAGUGUUUGUGUCUCUUAUGCACACAUUGGGAUUGCCAUUCUGAAAAUCCGUUCAGCAGAAGGCAGGCAGAAAGCAUUCUCCACCUGCAGUGCCCACCUCACUGCCAUCCUCUGUGCCUAUGGACCUGUAAUCAUCAUCUACUUACAGCGCACACCAAACCCCCUGCUUGGUGCUGUGGUGCAAAUAUUAAAUAAUAUUGUCUCACCCAUGCUGAACUCUUUAAUCUAUUCACUGAGGAACAAGGAAGUGAAGAGAUCCUUGAGGAGAGUCUUCCAGAGUGUAAUACUUGGCAUUCAUAAAUGAAUUGUGGAUAUAAUAAUGCUAUUUAAAACUUCGUUUCUUAGCUACCUCCAGCAGAAAAUGGGUGUAAAUACUGAGGCCCACAUCCAGGGAUUAUGCUGAGAAUGAAGGACUUGUAAUACUCAGCUCUAAACAGGAUGCUUCCCUCAAAUCCUUCUCCUUAGAGCUCAGGAAACCUCAUGGAACAAGAAGCAAAAUGAUGGUUAACAGACAUAGGGAAUGAAUAUCACCAAGGAAACAAGGACCUUCAAAUCAACAUGAGCAAAGCACAUAUGAACUCACAGAGAACAUAGCAGCAAGCACAGGGCUGACGGGGUCUGCACCAGGACUUUUGUAUAUAUCAUGGCUUCUAUUUUAGUGUUUUCCUGGAAUUUCUUAAGUGUGUGGACUAGCGGGCCUCUGUUUCUUGUGCCUUGUAUCAGGAUCUUUUCUUUGUCUUUGUAUGUUUGUCUAAUUCCAAAGUGCUACUUGUUGUUUUAUUGUAUUACAUGUUAUUAUAUUACUAAAAACAGAAAUGACCUCAGCAUUUUGCUACAGUAAGACAGUAUAAGGUCAAAUAAUAUGCCCCAAUUACAUUAAAUUCCCUGUAAAUAUAAAUUAAAUUUGUCUUGUAGAUCGGUUUAUUGUUAUGAAUUGAUAUAUAGUAGUUGCAUUUUUUCACUCCUGAAUAUAAACAUCUCAAAGAAAACAAUUAUCAAAACAUGUAGAGGUAUUAAAGGACAACAAAAUAUCAAAAAAGCCUCUCUUCUUAUAAAGUUUUGUCUCUUCCUAU